AUGUUUGACUCGCGAGACACGAGCUCGAUCGACAGUCUUGCUAUCCUGACGAUGGCGGAAGUGCGUGAGGAUGUGGGGACGAAGGCAGUGUCGGGCCGCAAUGGCUGGCGUAUGGAAUCUCAAGGCACUGCACGACGUGGCAGCUUUGCAGAGGAUGCACCGACGAUACGACCGCCGGUCGAAAGCUUGUCGGAUGUGCGGAUGCCUCAUCAGUGGAAAGGUCGGCGUGACACAAACAUUCGUCAGCUCGACAUCCCCCAAGAGGAGAAACAAGGCGGAUCGAGGCUUACCGCCGCACGACAACCACGCAUGACGAGCCAUGCUCCGCGGAGCCACACAGCAGAACCGCGUUACGACGACGACUGUGCAGCUCGGCGAACGUCGGCGUUUUUCCUUUACAACUCGGGACCUUCAUUUUGGUCUGCGCAGCCACAGCACCACGAGGGUCGGCUUCGGAUGUAUUGUGCUAUUGUUAAGUGA